GGCUGCUAAUUUGAUCAUUUUCCACCAUUGUUGGAUACUCCACUGCCACGAGCUGGUCAACUCCCAAUCUUCAUAAACCAUUACAAAUUAACAUUCAACGCGUUUCCGAUAAUUGGAACUUUUCUUCAAGUGGCAGAAACAUGCCACGACCUCUCUAAUAUUCUUUUUAUCUGUGAUUCGAUCAAAUUAUUUGCUGUUUCUUUUUGGGGGUUUACUUUUCUUCCUCUUGAAUUAUGGCAUGGAGGUACAGAGCCGGUUUGGGAAUGAUUGGGGCUUUUGUGCUGAUAUGGGUUACCGCUGCAGAGGUCACGCAGAAAAUUUUUACAGAAUAUAGACAGCCUUUUGCUUUGACAUACUUGUGGAUAUCCUUAAUGAUGGUUUUUCUACCAAUAUCAAUGUUGAGAGAUUAUAUAUGCAAAUUAUUGGAUAGAAAGUUGUUUAAAGAUAUCUAUGGAAACAAUAGCCUGUCGAGUUCGUUAGCCAUGCUGGAUAUUUCUCUUGAAGGAAGUGGACCGCAGGACGAUGUAGAAGGAGCUCUGAAUAGUUACCUUUUGGCAGAUAUGAGUGUAGACGGGACGGAAGGUGGAAGGACAUUAUUGUUGAAGGACGGAGAAGAUGAGCACUAUGCUACCAAAGAGAAGCAUGAACUUGGCUUGUGGGAAAUAAUGGGAUGCAGCCUUUAUCUUGCUCCUAUAUGGUUUAUAACGGAGUAUUUAUCAAACUCAGCUCUGGCCUAUACCAGUGUUGCAAGCACGACUGUGUUGACUUCAACUUCAGGGCUCUUCACACUUUUCUUUGGAGCAUUAAUUGGACAGGACACUGUAAAUGCUGCAAAAGUCAUCGCUGUUUUAAUCAGUAUGGCUGGUGUUGCAAUGACUACCGUGGGUACAACUUGGGCCCCGGACGAGAUUCUUAGCGUCACUGAGACUAGAAGACACUCUAUAACCGGAGACAUUUUUGGUCUGCUCUCUGCAGCAUCGUACGGAUUAUUUACAGUGCUUCUCAAGAGAUCAGCUGGAUCCGAGGGGGACAAGGUUGAUGUACAAAAGUUCUUUGGAUAUAUCGGACUCCUCACUUUUGUUGGCCUCUGGUGGCUUGUGUUUCCACUUAAUGCCCUCGGAAUCGAGCCUCAGUUCAAGCUCCCAAGUUCAGCAUCCGUUGAAGUAAUCCUGCUCAAUGGCUUUGUAGGAAGUGUUAUAUCAGACUAUCUAUGGGCACUCUCUGUCGUGUGGACGACCCCCUUGGUCGCGACCCUUGGUAUGUCCCUGACAAUACCCCUUGCGAUGUUUGCUGACAUGCUGAUCCACGGGCGUCACUACUCUGCCAUUUAUAUCCUCGGGUGCAUUCAGGUGUUUGCAGGAUUUAUCAUCGCCAGUAUCUCUGACAAGCUUUCUUGUAAAAGGAGAUAAUACACAAUGAAAUGAAAUGGAUAUUAGGUUUAGAAUCUAACCUUUGACACACUUUACUACCAAAAUUGCAGCAAUUGUAUCUCUUACAGUAGUACAGAACAGAAGUAUACUUGCCUUGUAUAAUUGUCCUCUGCCUUAUUGUGGUACACUACAAUACAUAUUUUGCUUAAACAUAUCAAUAUGGAGUAUUUCUUUUA